AUGGCCAACUGGCGCUACUUUGGUGAUCAAUUAGGAGGAGCUUUGGUAAUUGAUGCCGAUACUCCUAGCGUUGGCACAGAUCCAUGUCGAACCAUCUGGAAUAUCUAUGCAGUGAAUAUCGACGGCUCACAUACUAAUGGACCUAUCACACUAUCUCGCAACACCAAAUCAGUUCUUCAAGGAUUGAUUUUGGCUCCAAAUGCUGCCAUCUUGGAUGGACCCACUGGAAACUUUGCUGGAUUGUUGGUUUCGUAUAACUACAAUUGGGAAACAUCAAAUGUUAACAUUCUAGAUUUUACAACUGCAUCUGGCGGCUUGUGUAAAUCGUUCCUUGGAUGUGUUCCCAAUCGAAAUACCACUAGCACUAGCACAUUACCAUCGUCAUCGGUUAGCGUAACAACGUCAUCGAGCUCAGCAUCAUCCUCAAUGGCAUCGUCUACUAUACCUUCGUCAGUGACAUCGACAUCCAGUGUUGCUUCCACUUCAAGCAGUGUAACUGGAGGAUCAUUAAGUACAGGUAUUGAAAUAGUGUAA